GAGACUUGAGAGCCAAAGUUUGUCAACCUCCAAGGAAAACCUAACUUAUUUUAAUUGGAAAAAGUUUAAUCGUCAACCACAUCAACCAAGUUAGUUUUGAACGAAAUUAUCCACGAAUUGAAAGUUACGCGGGAAAGUUUGGAAUUAGUGAGCGCUUUCGACAAUUUUCUAUUUUUACCCCGCGCGUCUGCUGUCCUGAAAUAGACAGUAUUAAAGUUUUAGGCGCAAUUCGUGCUCGGUUUCAAGCAUUUUGUUAAAAAAUAAAUCAGGGAGAUAGUUAAAGCUUUUUUUAUAGUAACCAUUUUUAACUGAGUGCAUAGACAUAAAAUACAAAAUGGCAGAUAUCGCGAAGAGCCAAGAAGCUGGAAGCGGCGAAGGAACACCUCAAAAUGUUACGACAGGAAAUGUCGCCGCGCCAGAAGCCAAACCAGCGGAGAAAGUGGAAGCGACAGAAACUGUUAAAACAGAAAUCAUGGUGCCAGCUAAUGCACCUGUACUAGAAGAAGCAAAAGCAACAGGUACUGCGGCAUUACCGAUUGCAGAAGAGCCUAAAAUAGCUGCAGUUCAAGAAGCAAAACCUGAAGAAACGGCUUCAAAUCCAGAAAACGCUCAACCAGAACCGGAACAAGACGUCGAAGAGUUCAAAUCAGAUGCGAAUCCUGUAAACACGGACGUUGUUCCUGAACAAGUAUUGGCACAGGAAAUAUUGACAGCUGUAGGUGCUAAACCAGAUGUACCCGGGCAAAGUAAAGAGGUUGUAGCGGAAGUACAACCUACUGCAUCAACUAUAGAAGCAUCAGUUAAAGAUGAUGUAAAACAAGAAGAAUCUGAGCAGAAAGAAUCGGGUGUUUGGCAACAAAGAGAACAGGAGCUUCUCAAGAAAAUUGAACAGUUAGAAACAGUUAAGACCGAGAGAAGUGAAGAUGGCCUCAAGUUGGAAUUGAAGAUCCGAGAGGAAGAAAUAGAUCUUCUCAAAGCUAGGGUGAAGAAUCUAGAGACAGAGUUGCAGGCGGCGCUGUCCAAGCCUGGCGGGAAAAACCAGGAGAUGAUUGAGAAGAUCAAACUACAACACGAAGAGUUGCUGAGCAAAGCCCGCGGCAUGAUCUUCGAUAAGACGAAGAUUGUGAAAAACCAAGAGUUACAGAUCGAGGCGCUGACGACGCAGAUCCAGUCGCUGAAGGAUAUCAACCUCAUCACCAAAGAUCUUUUGGAGAUCAGGAAUUCUGAAGUUAAGGCCAUGGAAGAUCGGCUGCAAGUGAUGGAGGCGCGUUUCAAGGGCGAGAAAGAGCGCUACGACCUGGUGCUGCAGCGCGCGCAGACCAGCACCAACAUCAACGAUGACCUGCGCAAGGAGUACGAGACUCAACUCGCCAUAUUUAAGGAAUUAAGAGAAAAGUACGAAUUGAGGGUUCAAGCGCUGGUGGCUGAAAACAACCGCUUGAAGGAAUCUUUGCAGGGAGGCACUUCGGGAUAACUUGGGAUUGAAGAUAACUUUUUUUAUAAAUUAUAAUAAAGACUGUUUUUGUAAAGGAAUUUAUGAAUUAAAGUAAUGAUUUUU